GAUCUUUUCCUUUAUUCUCUUUACCUUUAUGUAUGAUUCAAGAGUGCUACUUUAGGGAGAAAUUUAAAGACAGUCACUCUUAGUAAUCACUCUCAGUAAUUAAAGGGUUAAGGCAGGCUAAGAAUGGGCAAUGCCAUUUUGAGCAUCUAAAAGCCAAAUUCCUCUUUAGGAACAGUUAAAUGUGAUGCACGAAAAACGAAAAAAUUGGAAAGUCUAAAACAUUGCAUGGUGAUGUUCAUGUCAAAAUCCAUUUUCUAAUCAGUGUGUGCGUGUGUUGUUAUCUAUAAAAUCAUCAGUUUGUGUUUGAUUACUUGUAAAAGGAAGAUCUUUAUUUUUAUUAUGUAUUUCUGUUUAACUUGCCACAGGAUGCUGAAGGGCAGCCAGUAAUUAUUGGAGUGUCAGCUUGGGGCAUUCAUAUCUUCCACAACAACAGACUGAUUAACAAGUUUGUUUGGUAAGUAGAAAUGUUAGAGUUGAAAUAAGAAAUUUUCACUUCUGACAAGAACCUGCCUCUGUUUACCAUAUGGUGUGACAUGUUUGUCUGUUCUGUUUUACUUUUUUUAUUGAUCUGGUUUGUCUUUUCAUUCUUUCUCUAUUUAUCAUUUUUGUGCAAUCUCUUCUUUUGUUUUUAUGUCAGGCCAAAGAUUGUGAAAAUUGCUUUCAAAAAGAAGAAGUUUACCCUAACAAUCAGGGCAGCUAGUGAGGUAUAUAUUUACUUGUUUUGCCAUGUAUUAUUCUGUUUUCAAUUAGCACCAGACUGUGUUAUGUGACACAUGACUAAUAAAAUUUGAAAUGAAGGCAGACACGUAACAAGAGCAGACAAAAUAUGCAUAGGUGCAGUUUAAAUAAUUCAAGUUAAAACAAAUUUCAGUCAAGUUCUUACAUGCCGUGCAUGAGAAAGUUUACAAUACUAGUAUUAUCUCCAUAUCCAAUGAAGCUUCUGUAGGAUGUGCACAAUUGCUUUCUUAACAUUUUAACUCUCAAUGUCUGAUUGUUAUUACUCCUCGCUAGGUGCUACACAUUAACCUAGUAAGUUAGUCAGGAGAUUUUGCUAUUAGAUCAAGAUAACUUCUUACAUGUACCUGAUAAGUUUCUUUUUUCUUUUUUUAUUUGUUACUUUGAACCAGAGUCAGAAAUGACCUGAAUUUUUAUUUGCCUUUUGUGGUUGUUUGUCUCUUACAGAGUGAUUACUACGCAGCAACAGUGCUGAGUUUUAAACUGGGAAGCUUAAGAGCUACAAAGCGACUUUGGAAGGUUGGAGUUGAACACCAUUCAUUCUUCCGGCUGUCACAGGCUGAUCUUCCACCUAAAGAUGUGGGAUUUAUCAAGCUAGGCUCCAAGUUCAGAUACAGGUGUGCUCAGUGAACAUAAAAUAUGCAGUCUCUACUGGGAAUUUAAUGGGAAUUUAUCAGUGGACUUUCCACAAGGUGGCUCUUCUUGUCCACUGUUUCCAGCUUGAAUUGGAAUUUUGAAUGUUGGUUUUUGUGGAGGGAGGAACACCAGGAGACCCAGAGGAAAAACACUAGGAGCAAGGAUGAGAACUAACAGUCAACUCUUACCUCUAUGUGACACUAGGUCUGAGAUCGAACUCAGGCCCAAGGGCCAUCCCUGCUCCCCUUCUCCAUUGUACAAAUUAUUAAAAAAGCAAAAAAAAGAGAAAAUGGGAUUGAUGCUUAACUGACAUGUGACUGCAACUUGCCCUGUCCCCCCUCUCCCCUCCUUCUCUUAACCCUUUAACUCCCAUGAGUGACCAAGACAGAAUUUCUCCUUACAAUAUCAAUACAAUGUUAACCAGAUAAGUGAUGAGAAUAAAGAAAAAUAUCAACUUGGGGAUAAUUAGUUGAUCCAAUACUAAAUUCUCUGAACUAGUAUUAUAAGAAUAGUAUGGUUGACAGAAAGGAGAAUGACAAAUUUGAUCUGGGAGUUAAAGGGUUAAGAACAUGCUAUACCAUCUACUCAAACAACGCACAUUCAGUAUUCAGUUGAAAAUGAGAUGAUGUGCAUGAGGCUGGGGUUUCAUCAUCAGCUGGGUCACUGGUUGACAUACCCAUUUGUGAUUUAUUGGCAGACAGCUUGUAGCCUUAGUGCAAUCAUGAUUGUGCUUCUAACGUGCUAGUUAUCCAAGUCAACCAAAUUGAAGAGUAACAGUUAGGAGUAAUAAUGUAACAUAAACUGGAGCAGACUCAACGUACUGGAAUAUCCCUCUGUAAGAGUCUAAACCUCCAAAAGUUGCCAAGGAGGCCAGACCAUCUUUGAAAGAGGAGGCCUUCCAGAUCAUUUAAAAUACUCUCCUGCAGAUCUUGACUCUCCAUUGGGACCACAUUGCAUUAAAACCCUGAUGAGGCCAUUUGAUUUUUGAAGAGUUUUUUUUUUUUUUAACCAAAACUUCUAUUUCUAAGAACUUGUUGAUAUGUGAAUAUUUAUAUAUUAACCCUUUAAGUCCCACUAGUGACCAAGACAGAAUUUCUCCUUACAAUAUCAGUAUGAUAUCAAGCAGACAAGUAAUGAGAAUAAAGAAAAAUAUCAAUCAGGGGAUUAUUAGUUGAUCCAAUUUCAAAUUCUCCAAACUAACAUCACAUAAAUUGUAUGGCAGACAGUAAGGAGAAUUAUUUAUGAAAUCUUGGGAGUUAAAGGGUUAAUCUGCAUUUUUUUCUCUUUCCUCAGCGGCCGAACCCAGCAUCAAGCGCGUCACAGCCAAGAGAUCCUUCGCAAUCCCCGAGAUUUUGAGCGUGUUUCAAGCAAACGCUUUUCAUCAAAAGUCCUUGAUGGUAAGCCAUGAGAAGAAAAAAAAAUAAAUCAACAAAUGGAGCUUUAAGAUAAUGGAAAAGUCUUCCAUGACUAGUCUUAACUCCUUGUCCCCUGGAAAUUUGGGAUUAUUGAAAAGGCAAUAUCUCCAGUGGACCCAACCUGUGCCCUUGGUUACGGAAGGUGAUAUUUCUACAACUUUUUGGGGCAUAGAAAUGGUGCAAGUCUUGCUGCUCAUUGAGCAGCUGUAUCUCAGUGGGUUGAGUUUGAGUGGUCUUAAAUUUCUUUUAAAACCAGAUUUGAAGUUUUCCUUUUUUCAAUUUGUAGGAAAUCGCAGGACAGAGGAUAUUCCAGAAGUACCAUUACAAGAGGAAGAAGAAAAGGUUUUUGACGAAGAAAAGAAAGAUGACGAAAAGCCAGCUGAGAGUACAGGUUAUACUGAAACAUAUGCUAACUGAUUCAGUUAGAGUUAUAUUUAUAUUAGUUAUUGUUGUUGUUGUUGUUUUCUUUUUCUUCCUCUUAACUAUUGCUUGGAAGACUCAAAGUACUAAAAGGGAGAUCUUCAGUCUUACUUUCAACUGCCUUUGCACCUAGUUAAAACCUUUCAUUUAAGAACUGUGCAUUACUACGGACCAUAACAAAUUCUGAACAGUUUUCCUCAUCUUUUAGUUUCUACGUUGUCGUCUUUCCCUUGGUAGUCUCUUCCUCACGCUGCCCUCCCUUCUUUUCUUCUUUCUCCUUCCCUCCUUAACUUUCCAUUUUCUUUAAUUUACACUCUAAUCCAUCUUUUUCCCCUCCCUUGUUUUUUCUGCUCUUCCUUUCUUUGCAUAACAAAUUUUUUUAAGCCUCUCACUCUUUCUUCUUUUCCUUCCCCCCCCCCUAAUCCAUCUUUUUUUUCCCUCCCCUGCCUCUCACCUCUUCCCCCCCCACCCCCUACCACCCGCCUCUCACUCUCCCCCCACCCCCCACCCCCCCCCCCCCCCCCGCCACCGCCUCUCUUUUUCCCCCCCCCCUCCACCGCCUCCCCCACUUCCCCACCCCCCCACCACCACCUCUCCCUCCUUUGCCCUUGUCCCUUCUUUUAAUCUCCCUUGUCCCUUCUUUUAAUCUCUUUCUCUCUUUCUCUUUCUCUUUCUCUUUCUCUCUUCCUUCCCACAUUUCCCUGUGCUUUUUCCCUUCCUUCCUUCCUUCUCUUUUCAGCUAUGCCUUCCCUCUCUCUUCCUCUUCAUUUUUCUAUACUCUCUUUUUACAGUUUUCUCGUUCUCUGUUCUUUACAGAACCAGGUGAAGCUCUUGUGGCAACAGUUGAAGGGUAA